AUGGGUCACGCUUUCUACAAGCAGCCCUUUGACUUCAAUUCAUCUGAAUCUCUCGCCUUCUCAACACAUUUCGUAUGCGCCAUGGUGCGUAAACCAGGAGUCACUCCAGGAAACGGGAUUGCUUUCUUUCUAUCACCUUCCAUGGAUCUUUCAAACGCAGACGCAACACAGUACUUGGGACUUUUCAACACCACAACAGUCAGAUCCUCCUCAUCUCGUAUCUUUGCUAUUGAGCUUGACACAGUCCAAAGCGCAGAAUUCGACGACAUUGACAACAAUCAUGUUGGCAUCGACGUCAACAACCUGACCUCCAUCGAAUCAGCUCCAGCUUCUUACUUCCUUGACAAACAAAGCGUCAACAAAAGCAUCAAUCUCACAAAUGGAGACUCCAUCCAGGUGUGGGUGGAUUAUGAUGGAGCUGUGCUAAACGUUUCUCUGGCUCCUACUGGAACUCAGAAGCCAAGUAGGAAUCUUUUGUCAAGAUCCAUCAAUCUCUCUGAAGUUCUCCAAGAAAAGAUGUUUGUUGGCUUCUCUGCAGCUACAGGGCAAUUAGCAAAUAACCAUUACAUACUCGGUUGGAGUUUCAGCAGAAGCAAAGACUCACUACAGAGCCUUGACAUCUCAAAGCUUCCUCCUUAUCCUCGUCCUCGUAAAGCUAGAGGCAAACCUGAUCUCGUCCUGAUUCUUCUGCUGAUUGUUCUUGGAAUCAUACUGCUUGUGAUUCUCGGAGGAGCUUAUCUCUACAGGAGGAACAAGUACGCAGAAGUCAGAGAGGAAUGGGAGAAAGAGUACGGUCCACACAGAUACUCUUACAAAUCAAUGUACAAAGCAACAAAAGGAUUCCACAAAGAUGGCUUCCUUGGCAAAGGAGGAUUCGGAGAAGUCUACAAAGGAACUCUCCCUCGUGACGGAGACAUAGCCGUGAAGAGAUUCUCACACGACGGUGAGCGAGGGAUGAAGCAAUUCGUCGCUGAGAUCGCUAGCAUGGGCCGGUUAGAUCACAGAAACUUGGUUCCACUUCUCGGCUACUGCAGGAGAAAAGGAGAGUUUCUUCUCGUCUCCAAGUAUAUGCCUAAUGGAAGUCUCGACCAGUUCUUGUUUCACAACAGAGAACCGUCUCUUCCAUGGCUGAAAAGGCUUGCGAUUGUGAAGGGAAUCGCUUCGGCGAUUCGUUACCUGCACACAGGAGCUACACAGGUUGUGCUACACAGAGAUAUUAAAGCUUCUAAUGUGAUGUUGGAUUCGGAUUUCAGUGGAAAGCUGGGAGAUUUCGGCAUGGCUAGGUUUCACGAUCACGGAGCUAAUCCAACGACAACCGGAGCUGCGGGAACUAUAGGAUACAUGUCACCUGAGCUGACGUCGAUGGGAGCUUCGACGAAAACCGACGUAUACGCGUUUGGUGCGUUCAUGCUUGAAGUGGCUUGUGGGAGGAGACCUGUGGAGCCGAAUCUGCCGAUCGAGAAGCAGUUUCUGGUGAAAUGGGUUUGCGAUUGCUGGAGGAAGAGAGAUUUACUCGGGGCUCGAGAUCGUAAAUUGAGUGGUGAGUCUUCUUCGUCUCGGUCUGUUGAAUUGGUGCUGAAGAUUGGGUUGCUAUGCACGAAUUUCGUGCCGGAAUCGAGGCCUGACAUGGAGAAAGUUGUGCAGUACCUGGACCGACUGAUUCCGUUGCCGGAUUUCUCUCCGGAUUCGCCGGGGAUUGGGAUUCUUACUCCGGUGAUGGUCGGAGAUAGCUCCUCUGUGAUCUCUAACAGUUCUGCUCCGGCGAGUGAGUCUAUGUUUAUCACUCACUCGAUCCAAUACGGAGUUGGACGAUGA